AUGAAGAAAGACCCACUGAGAACUGGAGACUUCAGUCUGACUCUGAAAGACCUCCACCUCACUGACAGUGGAGUCUACACCUGCACCGUCUACAACAAGGAUGGACACAUGCUGCUACAGAAAUCAGUGACUCUCAGUGUCAGAGACUACCAGUCAGCAGUGGUGGAGGUGACACAAGGUCAGAAGUCUGUCCUGAUGCCUUUUAAAAUUACAGGUGAGCUUCCUCAGGUGAUCAAAGUGGAGUGGAGACUCACUCACCCUGAAGAAAAGAUGGUUCACUGUAACGACAGCAGUCAGAAACAGGAUCAGGUUUAUGUACGCCGCACUGAGAUGAACAAAGACCCACUGAACACUAAAGACCUCAGUCUGACCCUGAAAGACCUCCACCUCACUGACAGUGGAGUCUACACCUGCACCGUCUACAACAAGGAUGGACACAUGCUGCUACAGAAAGCAGUGACUCUCAGUGUCAGAGAAACGCCAGACACAGGCGUCCAAAAGAUAGACACCUCUUACGCACGUAAGCAGCUUCCUCACAGAGGUUGGUAA